CGGAUAUGUUAGAAUCUGUCAUCGCUGCGACCGACCACCACCACACAUCCAACCACGAAUCGGCCAAAACGUACAAACGACCUUCACAGAUCACACAAAGCUCUUGUCUCUCUCCUUGCAGCUUGAUACCUUCAAUCCAAGACGUACCGCCAAUCGAACCAUCAUGAGGGCCAACAUCAUACUCCGCGCUGGAAAAUCCGCCGAUCACACCCUGUAUCAUGCCGAGCCUCAGGGGUUCUGGAAAAAGUUCCGUGAUGCUGUUGUCGUCAACCCCGAGAUCUCGUCUGGAUUGCCUAUCCCAGAGUUGAACCGUAACCCCGCGCCGGCUUCUAGGCCCGAGCUCUAUGCCACCCCGGCUACCGAGGCCAGUGACAUCGCUUUCAACCCGUACUACAAGCGAGACUUCCGCCGACAAUUCCCUGCAACAUCCUAUGUCUCACAAGAAAAGCUGGCGGGUCUCCUGCUGGCAUCCCCUGAAGGCCAGAAAGCCUUGCCCUCACCCUCCACCACCACCGACAUUAUCAAGUCUGGACCUUCUCACUCUCUGAAUGAAGUCCUCGCCGUGCUGCCCAACACCUUUGCGUCAGAAGGAGGCAUAUCGGUCACCUCGACUGCGAGCGGUUUGCCUCCCAAGCCUCCCGCUUUCGGUGGAAAGAAAUGGGUCCCUGUACCAGGCGACGAGAUCCCCCACGCACCCGAUGCUUACUGGCCUAUGGUGUCUUACCGCUAGACCCGCCUGAAUGAUUUGGAUUGUGGUGAUAUCUCGCCAUAUCGCGGACGGCAUUGUACAAGCAGAACUAUUUUGGAUAUAAA